AGCCAGCCAGUCAUUGAGCGACGGUCUAUCAUCGCACGUGUGUUAAACGACGUUACGACCACAAUUUACGGACAAAGUGACAUGCGCGUUUACUUGUCCUGAUUUCUAAAUAAAAACAAACGAACCUAUUGGAUUACAGUGCUCGAACAAAGUGACAGUGUUGUGUUAUCACUAAUUCAUCAGUAUUUGUCGCUCGUAUUCCGCAUUUCGUACACCGCCAGUGCAGUGUUUAUGUUGGAAGCGCGGCACCGUAUCCCGUACCCGCACCUUCCAAGGAGGGACGUCGCCCUCGAGAUUUUUUUAAAAAGAUGAAGCGACGCGGGGUGUUAGUGGUGGCGAGGUGAGGCGGCAGCGUGGCUAGCAUGGACCACGCGGUGAAGGCGAUGUCGGCGCGCGGGCCGCUGGCGCGGCUGGUGGCGCGCCGGCGCUUCGAGUCCGCCGAGCUCGAGGAGCUGUACGCGCGCUACGCGUGCAAGCUGCAGCGCGGCUCGGUCGGCUCGGCGCUGGCGCUGUGGGCGGCGCUCGCGGCCGCGCUCGCCGCCGUCGACGCCACGCGCGGCUGGCGCCGAGCACCGCAGGUGGGCGUGCUGAGCGCGCACGCGAUGCUCUGCGGCGGGCUGGCGUGGUGGUGCGGGCGCGCGGGCGGGACCGCGCCGGAGCGCCGGCUGCCCCGCGCCUGCUGGCUGGCCCUGGCCGGCGGCGGCGCGGCGCUGGCGGCCUCGCUGCCCGCCUGGAGCCCCGGCGCCGCCGCCGAGGGCGCCGCGCACGUCGUCUGGGCCGUCUUCGCCGCCUACGCCCUGCUGCCCGUCGGCGCCCCCGUGGCUGCAGCCUUUGGUAUCCUUCUGCCGACGGUCCAUACUGUCGCAGCGGCGCUCGUGGCCCAUCGCUUCCCCUACCAUAUCUGGCAGCAGAUGGUGGGUAACGUGGUGGUGUUCGUGUGCGUCAAUAUAGUGGGCGCUCUGAUGCAUUCGCUCAUGGAGACUGCGCAGCGGCGCGCGUUCCUCGACACUCGAAACUGCAUCGCGGCACGGCUCGACAUGGAGGAUGAGAACGAGAAACUGGAACGAUUACUGCUGUCAGUGCUGCCACAACACGUCGCUAUGGAAAUGAAGAACGACAUCAUAUCGCCGGUGGAGGGCCAGUUCCACAAGAUCUACAUACAAAAGCACGAACAAGUCAGUAUAUUGUUUGCGGACAUCGUGGGCUUCACGGUACUCGCAUCGCAGUGCAGCGCGCAGGAGCUCGUGCGGCUGCUGAACGAACUUUUCGGCCGGUUCGACCAGCUCGCCAGCGACAACCACUGCCUCCGCAUCAAGAUCCUGGGCGACUGCUACUACUGCGUAUCCGGGCUGCCCGAGCCGCGCUCCGACCACGCGCGCUGCACCGUCGAGAUGGGGCUUGACAUGAUCGACGCUAUCGCAUCUGUAGUGGAAGCGACUGAUGUACAGUUAAACAUGCGCGUGGGGAUCCACACGGGGCGCGUGCUGUGCGGCGUGCUGGGCCUGCGCAAGUGGCAGUACGACGUGUGGUCCAAUGACGUCACGCUCGCCAACAACAUGGAGGCGGGCGGGGAGCCUGGACGAGUGCACGUAACACAGGCUACACUGGAGUGCUUGGGCGGCGCAUACGAGGUUGAACCUGGGCACGGUGCCUCGCGCAACGCCUACCUUCGCGACCACUCCAUACAAACCUACUUCAUCAUCCCACCGCCGAGGCGAAGAAAAAUGUGUUUGUCGUCGGGCGUGGGGCUGGGCUCGGCGUCACGACGCAAGCUUUCCUUCAAGAACGUCUCCAAUGUCGUCGUUCAGUUGUUGCACUCCAUCAAGUUCAACGUGGACGUCCCCUUUUCAAACAUGGCCGCCUCGCCACAAGAGCUCAAAGCCAACGCAGCUAGGAAGGUGCUGGACCUGCGGCGCGCGCUGCACGCGGAGCCGGGUUCGGCAGAGGCGCUGCGGCUGGCGGCCAUGCGCGCGGAAGACGUGAGCGCGCGGCCCGCGGACCCCUCGCACCAAACCUUCGACGCAGUCAUGCACCACGUCCGCUCCACGCACCCCACGAAUAAAGUGACGGAAAAGUUCAAGAGGCCGUUGAAAAAGCGUCACUCGUCUGUGUACCACCAGCCGAGCAACCGCGUCAACAAGUACCUGGCGCAGGCCAUCGACGCGCGCUCCGUGCACCGCGAGAAGGCCACGCACGUGCACCUGCUCACUCUCUGCUUUAAAGAUGCCGCUAAGGAAGGACAGUAUCGUGCAUCGACGGACGGUGGUUGGGCGGGCUCGCUCGGCGCGGCACUAGGGGCCGUGGCCGCCGCGGGCGCCCUACAAGCCGCCAUACUACCCCGCACCACCAUCCUGCUGCUACUCUUCGUCACAGCCUUCGCUUGGUCGGCAGCUGUGCUCGCCCUGACGCUGGCUGCGAGACUGCGGCUCAUACCGUGCGAUGUCUCCCGUCCGUUCGCCUUGAGGAACGCCAUCACAACCUUCACGAUUGUGCUGGGAUAUGCUGUGGGACAGGUCAAUGUGGUGACGUGUAGAGAGGUAGACGUGUGCCGAAACCUGACGGAGAACGUAACCACUAUGGCGGACAUCCGAGCUACGUCUGGUGACAUAGCCGCCGCGUUAUGGAGUAGCACUGAUCAUCGGGCUUGCCCUGUUCCUCUUUAUAUCACUUUAGGUUGUUGUCUCAGCAUGUUAGCGGUAGCGGUGUUCCUGCGGCUGCCGAUCCUGAUCAAAGGCAUCCUCCUAGCUUUCAUGACGGCCGGGUACAUGGCCGUCAUCAUGGCCUACCAUAAAGACUUGUUCGACUGCUAUGAUCUCAUGACCGAACCAGGUAUAAUCGGGUCCGCAUACGUGGCGUGUGGUUGGACGCUCGCUCUCGCUCUGGCAGUACUGCUGCACGCGCGACAGACUGAGUGGACGGCGCGGCUAGACUUCCUGUGGCAGGCGCAGGCCAGGGAUGAGAAGAGAGACAUGGAUGCCUUACAAGCGUCAAACAGAAGGAUAUUAUUUAACCUCCUGCCGGCUCACGUGGCGACACACUUCCUAGACAACCAGUUCCGGACCAACAUGGACCUGUACCACCAGUCGUACCAGCGCGUGGGCGUGGUGUUCGCCUCCAUCACCAACUACCACGAGUUCUACAUGGAGCUGGACGGCAACAACCAGGGCAUGGAGUGUCUCCGGCUGCUUAACGAGAUCAUUGCAGACUUUGAUGAGCUACUGGGCGAUGAUCGGUUCAGCGCUAUAGACAAGAUCAAAACAGUGGGAUCCACGUACAUGGCGGCCGUUGGACUUAUCCCUGAGAAGAAGAUGUUGGACGACGCUAGCACGCGCAAGCACAUGGCCACGCUGGUCGAGUUCGUGUUCGCCAUGCGCGACAAGCUCAAGGACAUCAACGACAACUCUUACAACAACUUCAUGCUGCGAGUCGGUCUAAACGUGGGUCCGGUAGUCGCCGGAGUGAUCGGCGCGAGGAAACCCCAGUACGACAUCUGGGGCAACACGGUGAACGUGGCGUCGCGCAUGGACUCCACCGGCCUCCCCAACCACACGCAGGUCACCGAAGAAGUCCACCACUACCUCAAGGACCUGCCCUACCAGUUCGUCUGCAGGGGAAAGGUCAAAGUCAAAGGAAAGGGCGAAAUGACAACAUACUUCCUGACCGACCGAGCGACGUCCGGCAACGGCACAAUCAACCACUCCAACGGUCAACCGCCAAACGGCCCGCCGACCGCCUAUGGCGGCGUCGCGACCCCCCUGGCCAUGCUGCAGAACUCGGCGAGGAGAGCGGCCCAGCCGAACAGAUUGCCGCCUCUGAGGGAGACCUCGGUCGCCGAAAACGAGCCCCUCCUGCCUGGCAACGGACACCAGAGCGACGGGAACAACCACAGAGGCGGCAAGGGCCGCAGGAACAAAGAAUCGGAGGAGACUCCCCCCCCGCCUCCCCCGCACGGCGCGUCGGCGAACCCUCGAUGGCCGCCGCCCCGGGCGCUCGUGCCGCCGUGGCCGCGCCCGCAGGAGCCGCGGCCCCCCGCGGCGCACAAGCGGCGCCCGCCCGCGCGCCUGCCGCGCCCGCGCUCCAGCGAGAGCCUGCCCCUCGCGCGGAGCCCCCGCGUGCACUCGUCGGCGGACGAGCUCAGCUCCCUCACGCGCUCGCCCAGCCUCAGCUCCUCGGACGAGAGCUACUCGCGCACGACGGACGCGUCGCCGUCGCCGCCCCGCCCGCCGCGCGAGCACCCGAGCCCCGCGUACGACUACCCGCCGGUCCGCUCGAACAGACCGCCCGCCGGCAACAUCGCGGAGUUGUACGCGAAGCGCAAGAUGGGCCGGAAGCCGUCGCUCGACGACAAGUUCGUCGAGGAGAAUAUAAAUUUCGAGGAGGAGAAGCUUCAGAGAAGUAUCAUAAAUAUGCUCGCGUCGGCGAAGCGCGACGGAUGCAGUCAGACGGACAAGAAGGAUGUGCCCGACCGGCUCGCGCAGCGGACGGGUUCCUUCUCGAGCUCCGGCAGUCGACCCAGUAACUUGAAACAUUUGAACCGCGACCGGCAGUUCAGCAAGCGCAGCCCCACCGACGUGGCCUGCGUGCCGCCCUUCGAGAGAGAGAUACAGAGGCUGCUCGACGAUAAGAGUCUUAUCAAACCUAAUCCGCCCAAGGCGGAGCGGAAGGAAUUGAAAUUAGAAUUAAGAGCGACGAAUCCGUGUCUGUCGCCGGUGCGCAGUGUGAGCUGCAACAACAACAGCAGCCCGCUGCGCGCGGUGGGGCUGGCGGCCAUCGCGGGGCUGGCGCGCGAGCGCUCCCCGCGGCAGGACUUCCCCGGCGUGCUGCCUACCGACGUGGUGGUGCAGCUGCCCGAUCCCAUGGACGCGCCGCAGCAAAGUCCGCCGUGCGAGAGGAAGAUGCCGGCAGACACAGAAGCUCAAAAAGAAAAGCAAGAAAAGGAGAUACAAGAGCGAUUACACAAUCGGGUUCCGUUGACGAAUCAUAGAGACUUAGCUCUGUACGGGGAAAGUCAAUCGGAGUGGAGUUCGUCGUGUUCGGAGGGCGAGGGCGACGGCGAGUGCGGUCAGCCCGAGAGCACCGGCUACACCACAGACGACCCCGCGCUAGAGAACGUGUCCAUGCUCAACGAGGCCGGCACCGACGCCGAAGCGGCACUCAGCGACGUCAACUCCUGCUACUUCGACCGGGACGACGACGUAUCCUCCCGCGCCUCCUCCCGCCUCCUCGACUCCGAAGCCCUGGUCUCGCUGGAAUCUCUCAGCGCCAUCUACGACUCGGACGAGCCCGCGCACAGGUACCUGGCGAACAUUCGCACCGUCAGCGAGUGCAUCACGAGGAACUUCGGCCAGCCCACGCACGUCACCGACGGCGAGAGCGACGUCUGAUCCCACGUUGGACAUUAUGUGGCUGGAAUUAUGAAGCUUCGGGCUUAUGUGGAUCUUUCGUUUCGACUUAUCGAGGAAUCUCACUUGUAACUGAACCGUCGUGACAU